AUGCCUAAACAAAAUGAGCAAUUACGAAAAGUACAGGAAUUGUUAAAAAUUUCAAAAGAAAAUAUUAAUAACAAUAAACAAGAGUUUUAUCAUGCAAUAUCUGAUACCCCAACUCAGUUGAAUUCUUCAUAUAUUGCAUGGAAACGACUUCUUCAAAUUAAGCAUACUAUUAAAUUAAUAGAAGCAACUAUGACAAUCACCACCCUUACUAGAAAUUGUACACCAUUGUCGAUAAGUAUAAGUAAUAAAGAGCUUAAUUUAACAAAUAUAUUAACUAUUUUUGAUAAAAAGAAAGAGAAUAUAGUCGAUGUAGAUAAAAAAUUGAAAAUAAUUAUUAUGGCUAAUAGAGUAGAAAAAGUAAAGAAGAGUUUAUAUAAAGCAUUAGACUAUUAUUGGGAUGCACCUCUUGAUUGUUCUUUAAUUACAAUGUUACUUGAUUCAUGUUGUAAGUCAAUGAAAAAAUUAGAUAGUUGGAAACGUGAAAGGCUAUUGAUCUUUUGCAAGAAAAAUAUGAUUUACUUAGCAUUAAAAAUGAAAAAAGAUGUUCAAAAAAAUUUUCUAAUCCUUGCCAAUUUGGCAAGAAAAUACUUGGUUAUACCUUCCACAUCAACCUCUAGUAAAUGCUUAUUUUUGAGUGUGAGUAAUUUAAUGACAGCAAAACGUACAUCAAUUAACACUGGCUUAUUUGAAAGAAUUCUUUUUCUUAAACAAAAUAUUGGUAUUCUGGAUACUAUAUUUGAGUCACAGUUGAAAUAA